AGGAGCAGGAUAACCGUAAACAAUCGCCAGGUCCAGGAACCAGCGGGGAAGCUUUGACAGAACCAGGUGUAGUAGGUUUGUGACAAUACAAAUUGCAUCCAUUUUAAAGCCAAAAUGAAGGAAGAAGAAAAGAAAGAAGAGAAAAGCAAAGUUAAGCACAGAGAUCUGCUGUACAAACUCAUUAUUAGCCAGCUGUACUAUGAUGGUUAUCAGAACUAUGCCCAAGAAUUGGCUGUGGCUUUGGAAUAUGAAAACACAGCAAUAGCACCAUCAGAUCGUCUUAUGAAUGUUUUCAGUAUUGGCAUUCUGCAUGAACACGAAAUGGAACGUCCUCUCAAUCGGCUUGAGUACACACUAGGACCCGGUCUUGAUCUGGAAUAUGAGACAGAUCCUCAGACUUCUGCUCCUGAGCCUGCUAUGUAUGAAACUGCAUAUGUGACCUCCCACAAAGAUAAAUGUCGAGCAGCUGCAUUCACCUUGGAUGGGAAUUUAGUAGCCACUGGUAGUGUAGAUGCUUCCAUUAAGAUUCUUGAUGUCGACAGAAUGCUGGCUAAAAGUGACCCCGACGCUGUUGAGUUGCACCCAGAUGCUGUGGUUGGCCAUCCUGUCAUCCGUACUUUGUAUGAUCACUUGGAUGAAAUCACUUGUUUAGAAUUUCAUCCAAGAGAGCAAAUCCUCAUUUCUGGGAGCAGAGACACAAAUGUGAAAAUGUUUGACUUCAGUAAAACAUCUGCCAAGAAAGCAUUCAAGACAAUUACAGAUGCAGAACAGGUAACAAGUAUGUCAGUUCAUCCGAGUGGAGACUUUUUAGCAGUUUCCACAGAGGGUCCUGUUGUAAGAGUAUAUGAUGUGAAUACCUGCCAGUGCUACGUUUGUCCUUAUCCUCGUGAGCAUCAUGUUGGUCCAGUUACUUGUGUCCGUUAUUCUGCAGAUGCUAGAGUGUUGGUAUCAUCUUCAAAAGAUGGUGAUAUUAAGGUGUGGGAUGGCGUAUCUGGAAGAUGUGUCCAAACAUUUGUUAAAGGUCAUGAUGGCGCUGAAGUGUGUUCCGUAUUGUUUUCACGUAAUGGAAAGUAUAUUCUGUCAUCUGGACUAGACAGUGUUGUAAAAUUAUGGGAGUUAACAACUGGCCGUUGCCUUAUUGCUUAUACAGGAGCAGGUUCAGUAGGUCGCCAAGAACAUAGUGCCCAUGCCAUGUUCAAUCACACAGAAGAUUUUGUAAUGUUUCCUGACGAAGCUACUACAUCUCUCUGUGCUUGGGAUGCUCGUACUGCUCAGCGAAAAAAUUUGUUAUCUUUGGGGCACAAUGGUCCCGUACGACACAUGGUUCACUCUCCUUGUUCUCCUGCGUUCAUUACAUGUUCUGACGAUUUUCGUGCUCGCUUCUGGUAUCGUAGGAAUGUACAUUAAUAAUUUUUUCAUUCAGAGAGAGAUCCUGCACGAAAUUUUCCAUGUAUUUCUGUAAUAUUUGUUAAAGUAAAUGUCAAUAUGUUGUACAAUAACUUUAGAUUGCACUAAGGACAGAAAGAAAAAGUGAAAGGUUUAAUAUGAAUGCCUACAUUGUAUUUUUGUGCAACAACAUUGUAAUUUCGUAUGAUCCAAACCAUCACUUGCAUAGUUAAGUUGUUUAUUUUUAAG